GAGAGAAGCCUACAGACACAAGAGGGUGAGAAUGUGCCACCCUCAGCCUCUCUCUAUCCACUUAUUGACAAAACAACAGCGGCGGAUAAAGAAUGAGACACAAGUCCCCACGGUGCGCGCGCGGCCGGAGUCUGACCGUCCACAGACACGUGCGUCAUGACGGAAUCGCGUGCGUUUUGACCAGCAGCGGGGUCUUUAUGCCAGGGAUCGGCGCCAGACAAGGACUGUCACUUUGGCUGUUUAAAGUCACACAUCAGAGGUUUGUUUAGAGCGACGCUGCGGUGACGGGGACGUGGCGUAAUAUCAAACUCAAAGGAAGGAAGGCUUUUUUUUUUUUCUUACCUCCGUCUCUACACCACAAGCCUCGCGUCCCUGCAGCUGCUGGACGGGUCCGGAUAGUUUAGUCUUGUGUGCUUGACUCAUGACUCCUGUCCAGCUGGACACUGGACUAAUGGGACUCUGUGGAGACCACCGCGUUUAACCCGGGGGAGCUCCUCUGUGGCGUCUCUUUUGGGUCCGCGCUCCGUUUAAUUCAAGAGCAACAGAGGGAUUACACAUUCCUCGUUGCUCACACAGUGUUUGCGUUCAGCCAGACAUUGUCAUACAGAGCAGGAGGCUGUGGCAAGAAGGAAAAGCUAUAAAUAGCUCGUGCAAUUCUCGAAAACUAUCACAAGUGGUGCAUCAGCUCUGCGCGCGGCGGAGUGGACACGUAACAUUUCACGCAGAAGUUUAUGCCUUUGGUGAGACGUGUGAUCGGAGUCGUUUCCCUUAUGGAUUAUUACAUGAUGAAAGUAUCACCGGAGGGGCGCGUAUGGGCUCGUGCUGCUCCCCUGCGCGUGCACUGACAUGGAUACACCUCACUUUGCGCCUUUGACAAUGCUCACGUUUGGAAUCGCCUGACCUGGAUUAGAUUCAUCUCAAUAUUUUCUCUGCUGGAUGAUUGAAUACUUAUUGAAAACGCCCAUCUGUGCCCUGUGUGUUCUCCUGCAGCUCCAGAGCGAGCGUGCCUUCUGAGUGGAGCCUAUUUGUCAGCCUGUUUGGUGAAUAAUCCUCAUGUAGGUUCACGACAUGCCCAGCGCCGACGAGUCCACGGCUGGAGCAUUAUGACUAUGACGGCGAACUGGGUGGCGAACGGGGCAAGCCUUGAGGACUGCCACUCCAACAUCUUCUCUCUGGCGGAGUUGACUGGCAUUAAAUGGCGCUGCUACAGUUUUCGUGGAGGGGGCGAGUACGGGCCCGUGAUCUCGGCUCCGGCCCAGGACGACCCGGUUCUGCGGAGCUUCAUGCGCUGUGUCCAGAACAACCUCCUGUGUGUGUGGAGACGCAAGAUCAAACCCGACGCCAAGGAGCUGUGGAUCUUCUGGUGGGGAGAGGAGCCCAACCUCUCCGACGUCAUCCAUCAUGAGCUACAAGUGGCUGAAGAGGGACUGUGGGAGUGCGGACUGUCCUACGAGUGCCGGACCCUCCUGUUCAAGGCCGUACACAACCUGCUGGAAAGAUGUUUGAUGGACAAAGGUUUUGUGAGAAUCGGGAAAUGGUUUUUCAAACCCCACGAACUCGAGGAAAAACCAGUGGGAAACAGCGAACACCUGUCCUGCUCCUUUUCCUUCUUCCUCCACGGCGAGAGUAACGUGUGCACGAGCGUGGAGAUCGCCCAGCAUCAGCCCGCCUACCACGUCAACGAGCACCACAUCCGACUGGCUCAGACCUGCAGCGCUCCAGUACAAGUCGUCUUGAGUCCGUACGGUCUGAGGGGGAUUCUGACAGGACAGGCCUUCAAGAUGAGUGACCCGGCCGCCCGUAAACUGAUGGAGGAGUGGAGCUACUUCUACCCCACCGUGCUCCAGAAGAAAGACGGCGACAAGCAGAAAGAGUCGGCGUUUGACCGCAGCGACCACAUGGCGGUGGAGGUCAUCGUAGGUGGCGUGAGGAUGACUUACCCCGCGGCCUUUGUGCUCAUCGCCCAGGGGGACGUCCCGGCGGAGCAGCCCCCACCCGCCCCCGCGGCGCCGGGCCUGAUGAGGGAGCAGAUCCACUGCAGCGUCCCCCUCACGCCCCCCACGUCCCCGGAGCAGCCGUGUUCAGCGGACAGCGGCUUCGUGACCUCCGUCUCCAGCGUCCCCACGCCCGACAUCAACAUGGGGGUCACAAACAUGAGCCCGAAGCAUUCUGGGAAAAAGAUAACGUGUCAGGUGGUUCAUCAGGCCUGGAGGGAGUGUUACCUUAAUCAACCCCAACAAAAUCAACCAACUGAGGUGACGCCGAAGAAAGAGCCGCCGAGUGGAGCCGCCACGUGGGACUUUAGUGAUCUGGGGACGAGGACGGUCUGCCACUGCUCCAGGACUAAGCCGCUAAAGUCCAGUGUCACCGGCGCGUCCACUGCCAACCCCCACACGUGUAACUCCGCCCAGAUGUCCGCCCUGUACACCCCCUCUACUCCCAAACACAAGACCAGCGACAAGUCCGAGAAAUCCGAUAAGCAGUCCAAGAGAGCGGCCAUGAUCCCCUUCCACCUGCGCGUGUCGGCGUCGCAGGAGGGAUCUUCAGACCAGGACUCCUCCGCCGCUCCGUCUUUAGGGACUUUAGUGCCUCUGGACCCUCCUUUAGAGCCGUUAGCCCCUCUCCCGACCUGCAAGUAUUCCAAACCGCUGUCCAAUAACAGGAAAGUCCCGGAAUCCCUGCUCCACUCUCCCGUGUCUCCUCUUCCUCCGACGCUAAGCCCUCAUCCGAGAGCGCUGGAGCCGGACUUAGUGGACGGGCUGGUGGACAUGGGCGUUUGUCCGGACGGGGCUAUGGGGAUGAUCACGAGCGAGACGGCGGCGUACAGCGCUUUGUUGAGACAGAGGGAGAGCGGCGCCGACUGGUGGAAGGGAUUCAGGACGCCCAAGACGGAUAAAACGGAGUUCAAACCUCCAGAACUUCCCGCUGACGUCCCGGAGGAGAUGCAGACGGAGGCGGUGACGGAGACGACGCCAUUGAAACGACUUUACACUCAGACUUGCCAAAGUUUUAAGAUCUCAGAAGAGAAAGUGAAGGAGCACGUCCAGGCUUUAGGUCUUUACCCGGUGACAGGUUUGGAGACGCUGCGGGAGCCGGGAGACGAUCCGUACGACUUUAAAGAAGGAGCGUACGAGUACACCUUCUCCUCGUCCAAAAGACUCAAAGGUCAAGGACGAGAGCCCAGCAAGCGCGCCAAGGGGGAAGAGCUAACCAACGGUGAUUCACUGUCGGAAUCAAAGGACGCCAUGUCCAUUUUCAGCUCGGCUCAGGUCGAGACAGAAGAAUCAGGGCAGGACGACGCAGCGGCAAAAUCAAAUCCUUCCCUGACUCGAGAGAAAGAUCUGGCUGUGAACAUAUCAGAUUUAGACAAUAUUUUUGAUGAAGAUGAUGAAGAACUCGGGGGUGUUUAUCCUAACCAGCAUUCCACCAAGCUCCCAGUUUCUGCAGAAGACCGCCCCCUAGCGAAAGAAAGCAGAGUUGCAGUCCCGUAUCCAUCAACAGUAGCAGACCUCCAGCGGAUGUUCCCCACUCCGCCGUCGCUAGAGCAGCACCCGGCGUUUUCACCGAUUAUGACGUACAGGGACACGCCGAGUCAGGAGCCGCCCGCUCAGAGUGGACCUUUAGAACAUCUGCCCCUAGUGGCGACUCCGCAGAUCUCCGAACACCGAGCGGACGUGAGCGAGAGGGCGAUGAGUCCCAGGCACGAGGACAUCAAGCCCAUCUUCAGCUGCUCCAUGUUCGCUCCGCUGUUCUGUCUCCCGAGCCAGACUCUCCCGCUCAUAAAACUUCCAGAGCAGUGUUACUACCGGCCGUCCUGGAUGCUCAUGCCCAAAAUGGAGCACUACACUCCGGUCAUGCUCACCCCAGUGACCCCGUAUCUCAAAGACGCAUACAAUAACGUUCCGAGCGUGAACACCCUCACGGACCAGGAGUACAAUCAGCUGAGCGUCACCACGGCGUCUGUGGGCACGACGGCCGGCAUCCUCCCGUCUCCGGCCACGCCUCGCUUCUCCGUCCCGACCCCUCGCACCCCUCGCACGCCCCGCGGCAUCACCACCGCCGGCUCGGGGCAGGGGUCCGUGAAGCAGGACGGCACGGAGCUGAGUUCGCCCAUAUCCACCCCGUCUACCAGCCUACCUCUGAGCUCCGUGGAGCCUCUCGCCCGGGUCGGACCGGCGCUGCCCGAAGCCCACAGCUUGUAUUUCAUCCUCUUGCUCUCCGACUCCGUUCUUAAUGUGUUCAAGGAUCGUAACUUCGACAGCUGUUGCAUCUGCGCGUGCAACCUGAACGUAAAAGGAGCGGACGUGGGCGUGUACAUCCCUGACUCCACGUGCGAGGAUCAGUAUCGCUGCAUGUGCGGAUUCAGCGCCAUCGUGAACAGGCGGCUGGCCCAAGGAUCGGGGCUCUUUCUGGAGGACGAGCUGGACAUCUUCGGCCGUGCGUCGGAGGUGGGACGAGCCGCGGAGAGGAGGCUGGCUCUGUGCAGGAGGGACGCUUUGUUGGGUGAUCCCGGGUCUACACAGGGACAAGACGCGUCCCCCGCCUCUCCCGCCGUCAUGACGCUUCUCCAGGGGCAGUGUUCACAGCCCAUUUCCUCUUUCGCUUCACUGCAAAUGCCCCUGAACUGCUUAUGCCACGGACGCAAAGGCGCGCUGCUCCAGAGCUGGAUGUCGGAGAAGCAGUGGGCGGACGAGAGCGACGCGUGUGCCGAGUGUAACGGCGCCUUAGAGCAGGGGCUGCAGUACGUCGACAAUCCAGCAGGAAGUAAACUGGACCAGGCCGUGGUCAGGAGCACAGCGCUGCAUCCAUGGCCUCACACGAACGUUGUGGAGAUGAGCUUGUUGUCGUCCCAGGACAUGGUUCGAAUGCUCCUGUCCCUUCAGCCUUUUCUACAAGAUGCGAUUCAGAAGAAAAGGACCGGCCGGACGUGGGACAACAUCCAGCACGUUCAGGGCCCUUUGACCUGGCAACAGUUUCAUAAAAUGGCCGGUAGAGGAUCCUACGGUUCUGAAGAAUCACCAGAGCCUCUUCCUAUUCCGACGUUAUUACUGGGCUAUGACCGAGAGCGAGACUUCUUGGCGCUGUCGCCUUUAGCGUUGCCGUUCUGGGAGAAGUUACUGCUGGAACCGUACGGAGGACAAAGAGAUGUCGCGUUUGUGGUCCUGUGUCCCAACAGCCCCCCUCUGCUGUCGGCCGCUCGCACGUUCUUCCAAGAGCUCAGUACUGUCUAUGAGACCUGUCGACUCGGGAAGCACCGUCCUCUGGCCAAAGUGUCCAAAGACGGGAUUGUCCAAGUGGGUGAAGACAUCAGACCUGAGGGUGUGGAGGAGCUGGAGGUGGGACAGUGGUUGUCGGGGCCAUGGACUGGGCAGCAACACGCAGACAACAUCAAUAAACUUAAACUUUAUGCUUAUGCCUGUAAACACAUACUCGGUCCACAGCUGUCAGCUCUUUCUCUUGAUGGAAAUCUUCUUCUUCCUCCUAAAAUCCAGCCUCCGGCUCAGAACACAUCCUCAACUCCAGACGAGGCCAAAACCUGGUCUGAGAACGAGCAGAGUUCAGGAGCCGCCGGCUCUGGCAGCGCUCCAACACCAACGGGAUCCACCUCAGGUCAAUCUACAGAGACGAGUCAAGGAGCAUCGACGGAUGUGAAGGGAACUUUAAAUGUGCCACAGCCAUCGACAGAAACCACAGAACUAACAUCUGAACAGUCCAGGAUUGGGAUCCCCACGGUGCCCGAGUCGGCCGACAGUCACGUAAACCCACCAGCCAUCGCAGUUUAUAUCAUCAACCCAUUUCUGACGUCAUACGGAGCCAAGUGCGAUGGAGGAGAGGAAGACGAGGGCGAAGAGGUGGAGACGGGCAGCAUCUGGCUCCUGGGGCUUUUACGCUGCUACACUGAGAUGCUUCAGACUUUAUCUGACACGAUAAGACCAGCGCUGUUACUUCAGGUCGUCCCGUGUCAGCACCUGCUGCAGCCGGCGAGUGGAGAGAGUCACCUGUAUCUGCAGCAGCUCAGAUCUCUGGCCUUUUCCUGUUACUCUCAGUGUAAACGAAUGUUUCCCCAACAAACACUCAUCAAGUCGCUCACUGGCUUUGGACCAGCAUCUUCUGUCAGCUCAGUGCUGAAGAAUCCAGAGCACCCCAGCCCUUUGGAGCUGUACACUCCUCCGUUUAUCCUGGGUCCAACUCGGCCUAAACAAGCAGAACCCGGGGAGAUUUGGGCAGAACUUCCCCCCAAAUUUAACGUUCUCUUCGUCGGGUAUUGCCUGUCACAUGACCAGCGCUGGAUCCUCGUGUCUUGCACUGACCAGCAGGGGGAGCUGCUGGAGACUUGUGUUAUCAACAUCGAUGUACCAAACAGGGCACGGCGACCCAAAGUCUCAGCCAGAAAAAUGGGCCUUCAGAAGCUGUGGGAGUGGUGCGUCGGCGUGAUUCAGAUGACGUCGCUGCCGUGGAGGAUCGUUAUUGGUCGACUUGGGCGUCUGGGACACGGAGAACUAAAAGACUGGAGCUCUCUACUCGGGGAACAUUCUCUCCUGUCGAUGAGCAGGAAGCUGAGAGAGUCGUGUCGAAUGUGCGGUAUGUCUGCGUCCGACUCGCCCUCCAUUCUCAGCGCCUGCCUGGUGGCCAUGGAGCCUCAAGGAUCUUUUGUCAUCAUGCCCGACGCAGUGACGAUGGGCUCAGUGUUCGGGCGCAGCACGGCUCUGAACCUGCAGACAUCUCAGCUCAACACUCCUCAGGACGCUUCGUGCACGCACAUCCUCGUCUUCCCGACCUCCGCCACCACCCAGCUCGCCCCCAGCUCCUACCCCACCGAGGACAAUAACGAUGACAUGUUUGAUCUACCUUUUCCUGAUGAACUGGAGAAUGACAUUGGCCAUGACAUGAUGCUGAUCACAGGAAACCUGCACCCUUCCCCCAACACCUCCCCCGUGCCCUCACCGGGCUCUCCGUCAGGGAUGGGAAUGGGAUCACAUUUCCAGCACAACAGGACCCAGAGUGAGCGGUUAAUGUCCCGGGACAGUCCCCCGGAGGAGCUGAAGCAGCAGCCCCUGGCUCUGGGGUACUACGUGUCCACGGCUCAGGCUAAUGGACUGCCCCACUGGUUCUGGGCGUCCUGUCCACACGCGGAGAACCAGUGCCCGCUCUUCCUCAAGGCCUCUCUUCAUCACCACAUCUCCAUCGCUCAGACAGAUGAGCUGAUGUCAGACAAGACCAAGAGGAGCCCGCACCCCCUCGACUCAAAGACCACCUCUGAUGUGCUCAGGUUCGUUUUGGAGCAGUACAACGCUCUGUCCUGGCUCACGUGCACUCCGGCCACUCAAGACCGACAGUCGUGUUUGCCGGUCCACUUCGCCGUACUCAUCCAGAUGUACAACGCCAUUUUAAACAUGCUAUAGCGGCGAGGGACAGAGGACGGGAGAACUGCUGCGGACGUCACUGUCCUGCCUCUCGCUGGACACCAGAGGGCACCAGAGCACUUUUGUUAAUCUUCAAAUCAAAGGAAGCUGAGGAAAGAUGAACUCACCCUGUCCUGGAAUGUAAAGGAGACGGAUGAAGUGCUCUAAACGGCGGCGCUGCUCAUCUGCGGCGUGGAAAUGGAGUGUUCUGGUUCAGCCUCGGACACAAACUGCCCCGCUGACGUUUGACGAAAGCAGCUCUGUAACUUUAUUUCAUACUGUGUUCAUCUGGACAUGUUUACGCUCCUUUUUGUACAACCAGCAAAAAGCAUCAGAACGCAGCUUUGUAACGAGUUCUUUUUACGUUUUGUACAUAUACGCACUGUCGGACUUAACAAAUGGAAUAUAAAACCCUGCCUUUACUUUGAAAAAGGGACUUUAACUUAUUCAUAUUCGCUCCAAAAAGGAGUGUUUCAUAAUGGCACUUUUUCUUUUGCCCCCAAAGUGUGAAGAAAACACAAUGGGAAUAUCUGACCGCUUCUGUCAGACGUCUUUAUAUUGUACAAAAUAUAUUUACAGACGUAUAUUUGCAGCUGAGACUUAUUUUUAAUAUUUAAAUCCAGCAAAUUAAGGCCUUGUCAAUUAAUGCAAAAAUGAUCUGAAAUUUGUCGUUUAGAUGAAAUUGUAAAAAAUGCCAUAUUUUUCCAGUACGAUGUCAUAGAAUUUGAUUUAUUUGUAUAUAAACGUAACUCUAUGUUUAUUACCUCUUCCACGCCGGCGCUGAUACGAGCGUCGGGCGCAGCCAUGAAGAACAGACGCCAGUGGAAAAUCGAUAAAAGUUCUAUUUUUUUGACGUAGAAAUUGAACGUUUCGCUUAAAAAACUUAAAGCUAAAACUCACAAUCGGAGGAAAACGGUGGCGGUAUAUUUACAGCACGAAGCUCUACGAGUACAAACGAUGGUGUUUGACCUUUGACCUUUUGGUUUCACGGGCUCCGGACGCCGCUCGCUCCCACAGACUGACCCCUGCAUGUUUGUAGAUACACUCCACUGAGGCUGUACAUUUCACGCCGGUUCAGUUACUUUUGUUUUACGUUUGAGUUCGUUUUUCGCUGUUUUUUUUUUGUUUUUUUUUUAUACAUUGAGCAGUUUUUAUUUUUAUUUUAAUACGACCAUGUGGGAAUUUGCCAAGCGCAGUGUUCACCUGAUGUAUAGACAACGGCAGGUUUGCAAAAAAUGUUUGUUACAUUUGUCAUUACUUUGAAUAUCCAGCCGAGCCGUCGAGUUGGAGCGGCCGGAGACUUUUACACUCUUUUUAGUAAAUUAUUUAAACAAGUG